UGUAGUUAGCUAAACCGACAACACUAUUGCAUGGUUUCUGUAAUUUCUCGCGGAUUUAAAAAAUUUGUGAAUAUGUCGAAAAGCGCCUUGAUUAUCUUGGCUCCCGGUGCCGAGGAAAUGGAGUUCAUCAUUGCUGCCGAUGUACUGCGUCGUGCUGGGAUCAAGGUCACGGUAGGGGGCUUGAAUGGCUCGGAGCCGGUAAAAUGUUCCCGGGACGUUCAUAUUCUCCCGGAUAUUGAGCUGUCCAAGGUGGCCGCCGAUAAGUUCGAUGUGGUGGUUCUGCCCGGCGGAUUGGGCGGCUCGAAUGCUAUGGGAGAUUCGCCGGUGGUGGGCGACAUCCUCAAGGCCCAUGAAGACGGCGGAAAACUCAUUGCGGCCAUUUGUGCUGCGCCCACAGUUCUGGCCAAGCACGGAAUCGCCACCGGAAAGUCGCUCACCUCAUAUCCUUCCAUGAAGGAGCAGCUGGUCGAUAAAUACAGCUACGUGGAGGGUGAGCUUGUGGUUCAGGAUGGCAAUCUCAUUACCAGCCGAGGACCUGGCACCGCUUAUGACUUCGCCCUGAAAAUAGCCGAAGAGCUGGUGGGCAAGGCAAAGGCCCAGGAGGUGGCCAAGGGUCUCCUAGUGGCCUACAAUUGAAUCGUGAAUAUAAGUCUCAUAUAAUAUUUAUUAUGCCAUUGAUAUAAUCAAGAAUUGAAGUAAAAUUUGUUGAACAAAGCAA